GGGGGCUGGCCCGUGGCUUCUUGCAGUGGUGCAUUGUGGGGUAGUGGAGGACCCGCGUUGCGGAUGGAGGGGGAGUCGAGCCGUGGGGCUGUCAUGGCGACUAACAUCGAGCAGAUCUUUCGGUCCUUUGUGGUCAGCAAGUUCCGGGAGAUCCAGGAGGAGCAGGAGCAGCAGCAGCAGCUGGGCGGUGGAAAGGUAGAAGGCCAGCAGAAUGGUGAAACAAUCCCAGCUGAGCAAGCAAACACUUCAGAUGACACAGUUACGGGUGCUGGGAGUCUUCAGAAUGAUCAGAUAGUUCAGAAAAUAGAGGAAGUACUGUCUGGGGCCCUUGAUACAGAGCUACAGUGUAAAUCAGGUGUAGAGGAAGAUUCAGUGAAAAAUAGCUCUCCCUGUACAAAAAGAGGCCCCACUGACGAAGUAGAAGAUGAAAUUCCAAGAAAAAAGUCAAAAAAGAACAAAAAACACAAAAGCAAGAAGAAGAAGAAGAAAAAGAAGAAGAAAAGGAAGAAAGAAAAAAAACAUAAAAAGCAGCUAAAGGAAUCAAAAUUAAGUGCACAGUAUGGAGAGCAUGCAGAUUUACAACCUGCUUCUCACUCAAAGACAGAAAAAUUGGGCUCAAAGUUGAUCACACGGCAUGGAGGACAUGCAGAUUCAGAUCUUGGUGGUCAAAUGCAGCCAGAAGAAUUGGGCACAAAAUUGAGUGCAGAGUACAUGGGACAUUCAAUUAAAAGACUCACACCUCUUUUGCUAUCAGAUUCUGAAUCAUCUGUGGAAAAACUUGGGAGAGAAAAAACUAACUUGGCCUUGACUGAUACACACAGUACAUUCAAUUCAGAAACCAGCAAAUUGGAUACCCAGGAAGAAAAUACUAGUACAAUGAAAAUUCAAGAGCAAGCUAAUGUAAAAUUAUUGGUGAAUAAGACUCAUGAAAGUAUAUAUCAUAUAGCUUUUAAUAUGAAAGCAAAGGAUGAACCUUUACCAGUUAAAGACACUGAAAAUGGUACUGUGUCUACCAACAGAACUGGAGUUGCUGGUAAAUCUGAAAUUGAAAAGGAUUUGGAAGCUGCUCCAGCCUCUGAGAUAACUGAAGAACUAAAAGAUUCAGAAGCUACUCUGGAAUCGAUGGGCAUGGUGGAGGCAACCUUAGAAUCUGAGACCAUGGCAAAGAUUAAAUGUUCAGAAGCAAUUCUAAAAUCUCUGACUAUGACUUCAGAGGGUUUGGAUGCCCCUCUAGAAUCCGUAGCCAUAGCGGAGCUGAAAGCAACUGGAGAAUCUGUGGCUAUGACAAAUGAUUUGGUAGUAACUCCAACAUCUGAAGUUAUAAUGGAGAUGAAAGCUUUGGAAGAAACCGCAGGAUCUGUUGUCUUGACAGAUAUGAAAGGUUUGGAAACAACUCUAGAAACUGUGGGUGUGGCUGAGGCAAAAAGUUUGGAAGGAGGUCUAGAAUUUGUGACUGUGCCAGAUGAUUUAGUAGCGACUUCAAAAUCUGUGGCCGAGGCAGAGGUGAAUGAUUUGGAAGCAACUCCAAAAUCUGUGUCUGUGGUGAAGGUGAAAGGUUCAGAAGCUGCUCUAGAACCUGUGGCCAUGCAGGAGGCAAAAGAUUUGGAAAGAACCCUAGAAUCUGUUGCCCUGGGGAAAGGUUCACAAACAACCCUAGAACCUGUUGGGAAUGCGAAAGAUUUGGAAGCAGCUCUAAAACUUGUGGUGGAGAUGAAAGGUUUGGAAGUAACUCCAGAAUCUCUGCACAUGGAGGAGGUGAAAGGUGCAGAAGGAGCCCUAGAAUCUGUGGCUAUGGCAAUAGAUUUGGAAGGAACCCUCAAACUUGCUCCUGUGGGAGAGGCAAAAGAUUCAGAUGCAGCAUCACUGUCUCCGCAAAUGGAAGAUAUGAAAGAUUCAAAAGGAUUCCUAGAAUCUGUAGCCGUGACAAAAGGUCCAGAAACAAUCCUAGACCCCGUAGGGGUGGCAGAAGGUCUAGAAACAAUCCUAGAACCUGCAGAGGUGGCAGAGGAGAAAAAUUUGGAAGGAAUUCCAGAAUCUCUGCACAUACAGGAUAUGGAAGAUUUGGAAGCAUCCUUAGAACCUGUAGUCAUGAGAACAGGUCUGGAAGUGGCUCUAGAACAUGUGGCUGUGGUGAAAGGUGUAGAAGCAACUCCACUUUCUAUGCAAAUGGAAGAAGUGAAAGAUUUGGAAGGAGCCCUAGUAGAAUCUGUGGCAGUGACAAAAGGUUCAGAAGCAGCCCUAGAACAUGUUGUUGUCUUGGCAGAGAAGAAAGGUAUGGAACCAACUUCGCUAUCUCUGCAAAUGGAAGAUGUGAAAGAUUCAGAAGGAGCCCUAGAAUCUAUUGUCAUGGAAGAAGGCUCAGAAGCAACCCAGGGACCAGUGACAGAGGCAAAAGACUUGGAAGCAAUCCUAAAAUCUGUUUCGGAGGUGAGAGGUUCAGAACCAGCACCACUGUCUCUGCAGAUGGAAGAUGUGAAAGGUUCAGAAGGAGGUGUAAAAUCUUUGGCCGUGGCAAAAGGUUCAAAACCAACCCUGAAAGCUGUGGCUGUGGGGGAGGGAAGAGGUUCAGAAGCAACUCUGCUGUCUCUGGAAGUGGAGAAUGUGAAAGAUGAUGAGGAAGCCUUAGAAUCUGUGGCCCGGGCAAUAGAUUCAGAACCAACCUUAGAACCUGUGGCCAUUGUAGAGGCUAAAGGUCUGGAAGCAGUUCUGUCUCUGCAAAUGGAGAAUGUGAAAGAUUCAGAAGGAGCCCUAGAAUCUGUGGCCAUGGCAAAAGAUUUAGAGGCACCUCCAGAACCUGUGGCAGAGGUGAAAGAUUCGGAAGCAAUGCUUCAGUCUCUGCAAAUGGAAGAUGUGAAAGAAUUAGAAGGAACCCUAGAAUCUGUUGUGGUGACAAAAAGUUUGGAAGCAACCCUAGGGCCUGUGGCGGAGGAGAAAGGUGCAGAAACACCUCCACUAUCUCUGCAAAUAGAAGAUGUGACAGAAUCAGAAGGAGUUCUAGAAUCUAUGUCUGUGGUGAAGUUGAAGGCUUUGGAAGCAGCCUUUGAGUCGGUAGUCAUGGUAGAGGUGAAGGAUUUAAAUAAACCUGUACAAGCUGAGUCUGAGGUCACAGCUCAGUUUAAAGAUUUGGAAGCAAUUCCCAAAUUUCUGUGCAUGGAGGGAGAUUUGGUAAUAACUCCAGAAUCUGAGAUAACAUCAGAAGUGAAAAACUUGGAAAUAAUUGGACAAUCCGAAUUGCUGGCAGAAGUGAAAGAUUUGGAAACCACCCCAGAAUCUGAGGCAGUGGCAGAGUCAAAGGAUUCAGAAACAACUACAGAAUCUCAGGUGGUGAUGGAAGUGAAAGAUUUGGAAACCAUUCCACGAUCCCAAGUCAUGACAGAAGUAAGUGACUUGAAAAUAUCUCCACGUACUGAGGUGGAGGUGAUGAAAGGUUUUGAAACAGCUACAAAGUCUGAUGCCACUAUAAUGGAGGUGGAAGAUUCUGAAUCAACUCUGGAAUCUAGGGCAGUAGUUAAGGUGAAAGAUCCGGAAGCCACACCGGAAUCUGAGGCAAUAACAGGCAUAAAAUAUUCUAAAAAAAUUAUAGAAUCUGAGGCCACCGCAGAGUUGAAACAUUCAGAAGCUAGUCCAGAAUCUUUACAGUCGACAGACUUGAAAGAUUCUGGAAAAACUCCAGAACCUGAGGUGAUUCUGCAAAUGAAAGAUUCAAAAACAACUAAAAAAUCUGAGCCCAUCGCUCUGGUGAAAGAUUCUGAAGCUAGUAGAGAAUUGCUACAUAUAGUGGUAAAAAAUGUGCAAUCAACUCCAGAAUCUGAGACUGUGGCAGUCGUGAAAGAUUUGAAGGAAACUCUAGAGUGUGAGAUGGUGGUGGCAAAAGAUUUGGAAACAACCCUAAAAUCUGAAGCAAUCAUGGAUGUAAAGCAUUCUAAAGCUGCUCCAGAAUCUUUGUAUAAAGCAAAGGUAAAGGAUUCAGAAGCAGUCCCAGAAUCUCUCUACUCAUCGAAGGUGAAAGUUGCUGAAUUAGCUCUAGAAUUGGAGGCAGCAGCAAAGGUGAAGGAUUUGAAAGAAACCCUAGAAUCUAAGGUCAUGGUAGACGUGAAAGAUUUGGAAGCUGCUUCAGAAUCUGUGAUCAGGAUGAAGGUAAAAGAUUUGGAAGAAAUUCCAGAACAUUGGCAACCAGUGGAUGUGAAAGUUUUGGAAGCAUCUCCGGAAUCUGAGAAAACAGUGGAAGUAAAAUAUUCAGAAGCAACUCCAGAAACUCAGGUGUUGACAGAGACGAAAGAUUUGGAAGAAACUCUGGAAUCUCUGUACACUGCAGAGGUGGAGGCGUUGGAAAAAAUUACAGAAUCUAUGCCAAUGGUAGAGGUGAAAGAAUCUGAGGCUGUGAUGGAUCUGAAAUUCGCAGCAACAACUCUAAAAUCUGAGAAAACAGUGGAGGUGAAAAUUUUGGAAGAUACUCCAGAAUUCUUGACAGUGGAAAAGAUAAAUUCAAAAGCGUGUCUCGAAUUUCUGCACUCUGAGGAAAUGAAAGAUUUAGAAGCAGAUGUAGAAGCUGAGGCUUCAACGGAUCUGAAGGAUAUGGAAGGAACUUUGGGCACUGCACAGGUGAAAUAUUCAGAAGCAGUUUUGAAAUCUGUGGGCAUAGCAGAGAGAAAACAUUUGGGAACAACUGUAGAAAAUCCUAAUGCAGUGCUAGAUUUGGAACCGGUUUCAGACUCUCAGCAUACUGUGGAUCUGAAAUUUCCAGAAACUCCUCAGAUUCCUGAGUUAAAAGUGGAGGUGAAAGAUUCUGAAGCAGCUCUAGAAUCUGAGACUAUUACAGAGGCAAAUGACUUGCAAGCUACUCCAGAGUCUGUGGCCACAGUGGAGGUGAAAAAUUUGAAAGCAGUUCCAGAUUCUCUUCACGCAGUACACAUGAAUAAUUUGGAAGCAACUCCGGAAUUGGUGGCAGCUGCAGAGAUGAAAGAUUUGGACGCAGUUCCUGAAUCUGUGGUGGUGCUGGCAGAGGUGAAAGAUUUGGAAGUAGUUUCAGAUUCUCUGCAUACUGUAGGUGUGAAAGAUUUGGAAACAGCUCCAGAAUCUGUGGCGAUAGUAGCAGAGGUGAAGGAUUUACAAGCAGCUCCAGAAUCGGCAGCAGUGGUGAAAGAUUUGGAAGCAGCUCCAGAAUAUGUGGUGAUGCUGGCAGAGGUGAAAGAUUCAGAAGUAGUUCCAGUUUCUCUGCAUACCAUAGAUGUGAAAGAUUUUGAAACAACUCCAGAAUCUGUGGUAGUGGCUGAAGAGGUGAAAGAUUUGGAAGGAGCUCCAGAAUCUGUUGUGACAGCAGCAAAAUUUAAAUACUCAGAAACAACUCCAGAAUCUGUGGUGGUGACUGCAGAAAUGAAAGAUUUGGAAGCAGCUCUGAAAUCUGUGGUGGUGGCAGAGGUGAAGGAUUUGAGAGCAGCUCCAGAAUCUUUGGCAGCAGAGGUGACAGAUUUGGAAGCAGUGCUAGAUAUUCUGCGUCCUGUAGAUGUGAAAGAUUCUGAAACAGCUCCAGAAUCUGUGGUGGUGGCUGAAGAGAUCAAAGAUUUGGAAGCAGUGCCAGAUGUUCUGCAUACUGUAGAUGUGAAAGAUUCUGAAACAAGUACAGAAUCUCUGCUGGUGUCUUCAGAGGUGAAAGAUUCAGAAACUGCUCCAGAAUCUGUUGUGACAAUGGCAGAAUUGAAAUAUUCAGAAACAAGUCCAGAAUCUGUGGUGGCUACUGCAGAAGUGAAAGAUUUAGAAGCAGUUCUGGAAUCUGUGGCAGAGAUGAAGGAUUUGGAGUCUGCUCCAGAUGCUGUGGUGGCGGCGGCAGAGGUGAAAGAUUUGAAAGCAUCUCCAGAAUCUUUGGCAGCAGAAGUGACAGAUUUGGAAGCAGCUCCAGAUUUUCUGUGUAUUGUAGAUGUGAAAGAUUCUGGAACAAUUACAGAAUCUGUGAUAGCGACUGAAGAGGUGACAGAUUUGGAAGCAGCUCCAGAUUUCCUGUGUACUGUAGAUGUGAAAGAUUCUGAAAGAACUCCACAAUCUGUGGUAGUGGCUGCAGAGAUGAAGGAUUCUGAAACAGUUCCAGAAUUGGUGGCAGAGGUAAAAUACUCAGAAACAAGUCCGGAAUAUGUGGUAGUGGCAGCAGAGGUGACAGAUUUGGAAGCAGCACCAGAAUCUAUGGUGACAGUGACAGAGGUGAAAGAUUUGCAAGCUGUUCCCGUUUCUCUGGUGUUGGUGGCAGAUGUAGAAGAUUCAGAAGGAGCUAGUGAGUCUCUGCAUGCUGUAGAUAUGAAUGAUUCAGAAGCAGCUCCAAAAUCUGUGGGGUUGGCUGCAGAGAUGAAAGAUUUGGAAGAAGCUCCAGAAUCUGUGGUGGCCAUGGCAGAGGUGAAAAAUAUGGAAGCACCUCCAGGUUCUUGGUAUACAGCAUAUGUUAAAGAUUCAGAAACAACUCAGGAAUCUGUGGCAGUGACAGCAGAUGUGAAUGAUUUGGAAGCAACUCCAGCAUUUAGGGUGGUGGCUGCAGAGGCGAAAGAUUCAGAAGCAGCUUCGGAAUCUGUGGUGGUAGCGGCAGAGGGGAAGGAUUUGCAAGCUGCUCCAGAUUCUCUGGUGGUGGAGACAGAGAUAGAAGAUUCAGAAGCAGUGAGUGUUUCUCUGCAUACUUUAGAUGUGAAUGAUUUAGAAGCAACUCGAGAAUCCGUGGAGGCUACGGCAGAGAUGAAAAAUUUGGAGGCAGCUCCAGAUUCUCUGUAUACGUUGUACGUUAAAGAUUCAGAAACAACUCAAGAAUCUGGGGGAGUGAGAGCAGAGGUGAAUGAUUUGGAAGCAACUCCAGCCUUUGGGGCAGUGGCAGCAGCGGCAAAAGAUUUGGGAGCUCCUCCAGAAUUGGUGGCGGCUGUGGCAGCGGUGGAAGUUUCAGGAGCACCUCCAGAAUUGGCGGCGGCUGUGGCAGAGGCAAAAGAUUCCAGAGUGGCUCCAGGAUCUGUGACUGUAGUGAAGGAAAGCGAUGAAGAUCUUUUUAAAAAAAAGAAAGCAUAUGAAAAAAGUAACAAGAGUAGUGAUAAAAAUAAACAAGAUGCAAAGAAAUUAAAAAGGAGUAAAUCUAAAUCUCUUUCACGAUCCAGGAAGCGGAAAAAGAAGUCCAGGUCACGUUCUGUCUCUAAACAUUUGAAAUGUAAAAGAGCAAGGUCUAGGAGCAGAAACUACUCAGAUUCCAGAAAGAAACGUUCCACAUCUUACGACAAGUCUAGAUCCAGAUCUGUUGAAAAAGGAAGGGGCAAAGACUCUUCCUGGAGGUCCAGACGCAGGCGCUCCAGGUCCUCUGAUGGUCUCAAGUCAAGAUCCAGAUCCAUUGAUAAAAGGGAAGGCAAAGACUCUUCCUGGAGGUCCAGACGUAGGCGCUCCAGGUCCUCUGAUCAUCUCAAGUCUAAAUCCAGAUCUGUUGAAAAAAGAGAGGGCAAAGAUUCUUCACGGAAGUCUAGACGCAGACGCUCUAAGUCAUCUGAUCGUUUCAAGUCUAGAUCCCGAUCUGUUGAAAAAAGAGAGCGCAAAGACUCUUCACGGCGGUCUAGACGCAGACGCUCCAAGUCCUUGGAUCGUCUCAAGUCUAGAUCCAGAUCCAGGUCUGUUGGAAAAAAAGGGCACAAAAGCUCUUCAUGGAGGUCCAGACGCAGACGCUCCAAGUCCUCUGAUCGUCUCAAAUCUAGAUCCAGAUCUGUUGAAAAAAGAGAGCGCAAAGACUCUUCACGGAGGUCUAGACGCAGACGCUCCAAGUCCUCUGAUCGUCUCAAGUCCAGAUCCAGAUCCUUUUGAAAAAAAGGGUGGAAAGAAUCUUCCUGGAGAUCCAGACGCAGACGCUCCAAGUCCUCUGAUCGUUUCAAGUCCAGAUCCAGAUCUUUUGAAAAAAGAGGUGGCAAAGAAUCUUCCUGGAGGUCCAGACGCAGACGUUCCAAGUCCUCUGAUCGUCUCAAAUCAAAAUCCAGAUCCAGAUCUUUUGAAAAAAGGGGUGGCAAAGCAUCUUCCUGGAGGUCUAGACGCAGACGCUCUAAGUCUUCUGAUCGUCUCAAAUCAAAAUCCAGAUCCAGAUCUGUUGAAAAAAGAAGUGGCAAAGGGUCUUCGUGGAGGUCCAGACGCAGACGCUCCAAAUCAUCUGAUCGUCUCAAGUCAAGAUCGAUAUCUGUUGAAAAAAGAGGGGGCAGGGACUCUUCAUGGAGGUCUAAACGUAGACGCUCCAAGUCCUCGGAUCGUCUCAAAUCUAGAUCGAGAUCUGUUGAAAAAAGAGGCGGCAGAGACUCUUCACGGAGGUCUAAACGUAGACGCUCCAAAUCCACUGAUCAUCACAGGUCUAGAUCCAAAUCUGUUGAAAAAAUAGGUAGUAAAGAGUCUUCACGGAGGUCUAAACGUAGACGUUCCAAGUCCUCUGAUCGUCUCAAAUCUAGAUCCAAAUCUAUUGAAAAACUGGGAAGCAAAGAGUCUUCAUGGAGGUCCAGACGCAGAUGCUCGAAAUCCUUUGAUGAUCUAAAGUCUAGAUCUAGAUCCAAAUCUGUUGAAAAAGGAGAGAGUAAGGAAUCUUCAUGGAGAUCUAGAAGUAAACGCUCCAAGUCCUUUGAACGUCACAAAUUGAGAUCUAAAUCUGUUGAAAAAAUAGAGGGAAAAGAUUCUUCACAGAGAUCUCGAAAGAGCCACUCCAAGUCUUCUGAACGUCACAAGUCCAGUUCCAAAUCUGUUGAAGAAAUAGAGGCUCAGGAGCCUUCACAGAGGUCUCGAAGUAGCCGCUCGAAGUCUUUUGAACGUCACACAUCUGGAUCCAAAUCUGUCGAAGAAAUAGAGGGAAAAGAAUCUUCAUUGAGGUCUCGAAGUAGCCGCUCUAAGUCUUCUGAACGUAACAAAUCCAGAUCCAAACCUGUUGAAGAAAUAGAGGCUCAGGAGCCUUCACAGAGGUCUCGAAGUAGCCGCUCGAAGUCUUUUGAACGUCACACAUCUGGAUCCAAAUCUGUCGAAGAAAUAGAGGGAAAAGAAUCUUCACCGAGGUCUCGAAGUAGCCGCUCCAAGUCUUCUGAACGUAACAAAUCCAAAUCUGUUGAAGAAAUAGAGGCUCAGGAGCCUUCACAGAGGUCUCAAAGUAGCUGCUCCAAGUCUUCUGAAUGUCACACGUAUAGAUCUAAAUCUGUUGAAGAAAUAGUGGUUCAGGAGCCUUCAAAGAGGUUUCGAAGUAGCCGCUCCAAGUCCUUGGAACAUCACAUGUCUAGAUCCAAAUCAGUUGAAGAAAUAGAGGGCAAAGAAUUUUCACAGAGGUCUCGAAGUAGCCGGUCCAAGUCUUCUGAACGUCACGAGUCCAGAUCCAAAUCUGUUGAACAAGUGGAGGUGCCGAAGCCUUCAGGGAUGUCUCGAAGUAGCCGUUCCAAGUCUUUUGAACAUCUCCACUGCAGAUCCAAAUCUGUUGCAGGAAUAGAGAUGCAGAAGCUUUCACAAAGCUUUCAAAGUAGCCUCUCCAAGUCUUCUGAAUGUGUCACAUCUGAAUCCAAAUCUGUUCAAGAAAUAGAGGCUCAGGAGCCUGCAGAGAGGUCUCGAAGCAGCUGCUCCAAGUCUCCUGAACUUCAAAAGUCUAGAUCCAAAUCUGUUGAAAAAAUAGAGGGCAAAGAUUCUUCACAGAGGUCUCGAAGUAGCCGCUCCAGAUCUUCUGAGCGUCACAGGUCUAGAUCCAAAUCUGUUGAAAAAAUAGAGGGCAAAGAUUCUUCACAGAGAUCUCGAAGUAGCCGCUCCAGGUCUUCUGAACGUCCCAGAUCUAGAUCCAAAUCUGUUGAAGAAAUAGAGGUUGAGGAGCCUUCACAGAGGUCUCGAGGUAGCCGUUCCAGAUCUUCUGAACGUCACAAGUCCAGAUCCAAAUCUGUUGAGGAAAUAGAGGUGGAGGAGCCUUCACAGAGGUCUCGAAGUAGCCGCUCCAGAUCUUCUGAACGUCACAAGUCCAGAUCCAAAUCUGUUGAGGAAAUAGAGGUGGAGGAGCCUUCACAGAGGUCUCGAAGUAGCCGCUCCAGAUCUUCUGAACGUCACAAGUCCAGAUCCAAAUCUGUUGAGGAAAUAGAGGUGGAGGAGCCUCCACAGAGGUCUCGAAGUAGCCGCUCCAAGUCUUCUGAAAGACACAAGUCUAGAUCCAAAUCUGUUGAGGAAAUAGAGGUGGAGGAGCCUUCACAGAGGUCUCGAAGUAGCCGCUCCAAGUCUUCUGAAAGACACAAGUCUAGAUCCAAAUCUGUUGAGGAAAUAGAGGUUGAGGAGCCUUCACAGAGGUCUCGAAGUAGCCGCUCCAGAUCUUCUGAACGUCACACAUCUAGAUCCAAAUCUGUUGAAAAAAUAGAGGGAAAAGAUUCUUCACAGAGAUCUCGAAAGAGCCGCUCCAAGUCUUCUGAACGUCACAAGUCCAGAUCCAAAUCUGUUGAAAAAAUAGAAGCCAAAGAUUCUUCACAGAGAUCUCGCAGGAGCCGCUCCAAGUCUUCUGAACGUCACAAGUCCAGAUCCAAAUCUGUUGAGGAAAUACAGGUUCAGGAGCCUUCACAGAGGUCUCGAAGUAGCCGCUCCAAGUCUUCUGAACGUCACAAGUCCAGAUCCAAAUCUGUUGAGGAAAUACAGGUUCAGGAGCCUUCACAGAGGUCUCGAAGUAGCCGCUCCAGAUCUUCUGAACGUCACACGUCUAGAUCCAAAUCUGUUGAAAAAAUAGAGGGAAAAGAUUCUUCACAGAGAUCUCGAAAGAGCCGCUCCAAGUCUUCUGAACGUCACAAGUCCAGAUCCAAAUCUGUUGAAAAAAUAGAAGCCAAAGAUUCUUCACAGAGAUCUCGAAGGAGCCGCUCCAAGUCUUCUGAACGUCACAAAUCUAGAUCCAAUUCUGUUGAGGAAAUAGAAAUGGAGGAGCCUUCACAGAGGUCUCGAAGUAGCCGCUCCAAGUCUUCUGAACGUCACAAGUCCAGAUCCAAAUCUGUUGAGGAAAUACAGGUUCAGGAGCGUUCACAGAGGUCUCGAAGUAGCCGCUCCAGAUCUUCUGAACGUCACACGUCUAGAUCCAAAUCUGUUGAAAAAAUAGAGGGAAAAGAUUCUUCACAGAGAUCUCGAAGUAGCCGCUCCAAAUCUUCUGAACGUCACAAAUCUAGAUCCAAUUCUGUUGAAGAAAUAGAGGUUGAGGAGCCUUCACAGAGGUCUCGAAGAAGCCGCUCCAAGUCUUCUGAAAGACGCAAGUCCAGAUCCAAAUCUGUUGAGGAAAUAGUGGUUGAGGAGCCUUCAGAGAGGUCUCGGAGCCGCUCCAAGUCUUCUGAACGUCACACGUCUAGAUCGAAAUCUGUUGAAAAAAUAGAGGGAAAAGAUUCUUCUCUGAGGUCUCGAAGUAGCCGCUCCAAGUCUUCUGAACGUCACAAAUCUAGAUCCAAUUCUGUUGAAGAAAUAGAGGUUGAGGAGCCUUCACAGAGGUCUCGAAGUAGCCGCUCCAAGUCUUCUGAAAGAUACAAGUCCAGAUCCAAAUCUGUUGAGGAAAUAGUGGUUGAGGAGCCUUCACAGAGAUCUCGAAGUAGCCGCUCCAAGUCUUCUGAACGUCACGAGUCCAGAUCCAAUUCUGUUGAAGAAAUAGAGGUUGAGGAGCCUUCACAGAGGUCUCGAAGAAGCCGCUCCAAGUCUUCUGAAAGACACAAGUCCAGAUCCAAAUCUGUUGAGGAAAUAGUGGUUGAGGAGCCUUCAGAGAGGUCUCGGAGCCGCUCCAAGUCUUCUGAACGUCACACGUCUAGAUCGAAAUCUGUUGAAAAAAUAGAGGGAAAAGAUUCUUCUCUGAGGUCUCGAAGUAGCCGCUCCAAGUCUUCUGAACGUCACAAAUCUAGAUCCAAUUCUGUUGAAGAAAUAGAGGUUGAGGAGCCUUCACAGAGGUCUCGAAGUAGCCGCUCCAAGUCUUCUGAACGUCACAAGUCCAGAUCCAAAUCUGUUGAAGAAAUGGAGGUUCAGGAGUCUUCACAGAGGUCUCGAAGUAGCCGCUCCAAGUCUUCUGAACGUCACGAGUCCAGAUCCAAAUCUGUUGAAGAAAUGGAGGUUCAGGAGUCUUCACAGAGGUCUCGAAGUAGCCGGUCCAAGUCUUCUGAACGUCAUGAGUCCAGAUCCAAAUCUGUUGAAAAAAUGGAGGUUCAGGAGUCUUCACAGAGGUCUCGAAGUAGCCGGUCCAAGUCUUCUGAACGUCACGAGUCCAGAUCCAAAUCUGUUGAAGAAAUAGAGAUUCAGGAGCCUUCACAAAGGUCUCGGAGUAGCGGCUCCAAGUCUCCUGAACUUCAGCACUCUAGAUCCAAAUCUGUUGAAAAAAUUGAGGGCAAAGAUUCUUCUCUGAGGUCUCGAAGUAGCCGCUCCAAGUCUCCUGAACUUCAACACUCUAGAUCCAAAUCUGUUGAAAAAAUUGAGGGCAAAGAUUCUUCUCUGAGGUCUCGGAGUAGCCGCUCCAAGUCUCCUGAACUUCAAAAGUCUAGAUCCAAAUCUGUUGAAAAAAUUGAGGGCAAAGUUUCUUCACGGAAGUCUCGGAGUAGCCGCUCCAAGUCUCCUGAACUUCAAAAGUCUAGAUCCAAAUCCGUUGAAAAAAUAAAGGGCAAAGUGUCUUCACAGAGGUCUCGGAGUAGCCGCUCCAAGUCUCCUGAACUUCAGAAGUCUAGAUCGAAAUCUGUUGAAAAAAUAAAGGGCAAAGUGUCUUCACAAAGGUCUAGAAGAAAACGCUCCAAGUCUUCUGAACGUCACAAAUCUAGAUCCAAAUCAGUUGAAAAAGUAGAGGGGAAAGAGUCUUCACAGAGGUCUAGAAGUAAGCGCUCUAAAUCCUCUGAGCGCAAAUCACAAAAACAUGAUAGCGAAUUGCGGUCUAGACGAAAUCGGUCUCGGUCAGUAACACGUAAAAGACUCUCAAAAUCUAAAUCUAAUCAUCGGUCUCGGACACGCUCCCUGUCACGUUCAAGACACAGGAGGAGGACUCGGUCAAGAUCAGCGUCAAAAAGGAGACGGUCUUUAUCAAGAGAGAGACACAAAAGAUCUCAAAGGAACAGAUCAAGGUCUGCUGAUCGACGAAGGAGGAGAUCAAACUCAAGGGAUCACCGAAUAGUGCUCAGGUUACGGACCAGAAGUCGAACACCUAUUCGACGAAAACGGUCUAGGUCAGUGGGAAGAAGACGAAGCUCUAGCAAAUCACCAGUUCGACUAAGGAGAUCAAGAUCACCUGGGAGAAGAAGAUGCUAUAGCAGAUCACCUGAUCGUCAAAGAAGGUCCAGGUCAUCUGAUAAGUUUUCAAGCAGAUCACCUAAACGUCUUACAGAUUUAGACAAGGCCCAGCUACUUGAAAUAGCCAAAGCUAAUGCAGCUGCCAUGUGUGCUAAGGCUGGUGUCCCCUUACCACCAAGCCUACUGCCUAUUAUAGCUCCAGCAAAGAAGGAGGAGAAAGUUACUCAGAAGUCAGCAAGAGAUACAAUAAAGGAGCUCACUGAGAAAUGCAAGAAGAUUGCACAAAGCACAGAUGACGUGAUCGUGAACAAGCCUCAUGAUUCUGAUGAAGAGGAGGAAGAACGCCCUUUCUACAAUCAUCCUUUUAAACUCAAUGAACCCAAACCCAUUUUUUUCAACUUAAAUACCACUCCUAUCGUAAAACCAGCACCAAAAAAUCAGGUAACUUUGACAAAGGAGUUCCCUGUCUCAUCUGGGUCUCAACACAGGAAAAAGGAAGCUGACAGUGUCUAUGGAGAAUGGGUUCCAGUUGAGAAAAGCAAAGAAGAAAGCAAAGAUGAUGUUUUCCCCAAACCAGCUCUUGCACAGACUGUGGACAUCUCUACGGCAAUGAAUGAACGAACAAUGGCUCAGAAGAGGCUUACAGAAAAUACAUUUGACUUGGAGGCCAUGUGCUUGUUAAAUCGUGCACAGGAACAGAUUGAUGCCUGGGCGCAGUCAAAUUCUCUGCCGGGCCAAUUCACAGGAAGUACUGGAGCACAGAUUUUGUCCUCAGAUGAGUUGUCCAACAGUGGUCCCCAAGCCUGGAUUAGAAAGGAUCAGUUCUUAAGAGCAGCCCCUGUAACUGGAGGAAUGGGAGCCCAGCUGAUGAGAAAAAUGGGCUGGAGAGAAGGAGAGGGGUUAGGAAAAAACAGAGAAGGAACUGUGGAGCCUAUCCUAGUGGAUUUUAAGACCGAUCGAAAAGGCCUUGUUGCUGUGGGAGAAAAGACACAAAAGAGAUCGGGACAUUUUAGUGUAAUGAAGGAUCUUUCAGGUAAACAUCCAGUUUCUGCAUUGAUGGAGAUAUGUAAUAAAAGAAGAUGGUCACCACCUGUAUUCGUAUUGGUGGAUGAUAGUGGGCCUGAUCAUCGCAAACAUUUUAUCUUUAAGGUGAUGGUCAAUGGGCAUGAAUACAGGCCUAGCUUUCCCAGCCUUAAUAAGAAGCAUGCUAAAGCCACAGCAGCAACUGCGGCUCUCCAAGCGAUGGGACUUGUACCAAAGGACAGCAUGCCCAAUGCUACCAUCUUCAGGAGUGCCUCACACCGCUAGAUAUUGUUUUUUAUAUUGACAUUAUUUCAGAUAAUUUUAUUCUGCACAAGAAAGGUAUUUCCCCGUUUCAUGUUGUAAAUAAAUUGGUGAUUCCCACGUUGUAAAAACUGUACAGACACCUUCAAGAUUUUCUUUUGUACCAUCAAAAAUGUAUUUAAAUCAUACUUAGUUUUUGGUAUGUUUAUAUUGUUUACAUUAGUGAUGUAAUUAUUUCUUAAAUGACUAAAUUCAACAGGCAGACUCUGGAGGGCAUCAGUAAUCUAAACCCUUGUUUUAAAACUCAUGCAAUUUCUCUUUGAAACUCAUGCAAGUUCUCUUCAAUAUGGAAUGUUAACCCUUUCAUACUCUUUUGUACUAUCAUGCAGUUUUCCCUGGUCUUGGUAAAGCUACUGUUGUAGUACUUUUGCCUAUAGCCAGUACAAGGCUGUGCAGCUUAUCGUAGUCUAGAAAAAGGCUGGUAUGUACUGCUGGACAGAUACUGGGCCAGUAAUGUUACCCCUCCAAGAAGGUAGGUAAAUUGUGGCACUGUUGUACAAUGCUAACAUUACCACUUCUCUCUGUCUUGUUUGGGGUUUAAGUCAAUGGUGUACUGCAACUGGUCAUAUUGCUUACUUUUUAAGACUAAAAAGAAAAGGCAAAUGACCUGGCUUAAAUGAGAGGGAAGAAAGUCCAGCGAUGAAAUUGAUGAGAAUUGCAGUGUAAAAGUCUCUCUCCCCUGCAUGUUCUGGUAAGGAGAUAUGAAAUUAUCUAAUCCAAUCUCAAAUUAACACACUGCCUGAUGUUGAUUGUAUGAAUUUGUGGUUAAUGUGAAUUUUAAGCUAUAACAAAUCUACAACUGGAUGGGGGGUAGAAUGAUACUUCAAUUGUUGUACCCAACUCAAGUCAAUAAAGCCGCACAAGUUCAUAAUCUUAAUCAUUGGUCAGUAAACAGUAAUUAAGAUCUGUGCCAAAGCAGUAAUUUAGAGAGUAUGUAUCAGAGGGGGAGCAAUAGUGAAAUGUUUUCAGUUGUUUAUAAAGUUACCAAGCUAA